AUGUCCACUGAAGAGAGUCAAUUCAAUGUCCAAGGGUAUAAUAUCGUGACCAUUCUCAAAAGGUUGGAGGCGGCAACUUCUAGACUCGAGGAUAUUACUGUGUUUCAAGAGGAAGCCAACAAGCAAAAGCCAUUGACACCAACAACAGUCGCUGCUGGUAACCAAGCGGCGGAUAACAAGUCUCCUCAAUUGACUAACACGUCAGGCACUGGUGGGCCAGUUGCUCAACAAGCUAAAGAUGUUUCUCAAGCUGCUGCUGUUGCACCAACACCACCAGCACCAUCACAAGCAGUGGAAACCCCCAAGUCUGUCCAAGUGUUCCAGCGAUUUGUCGAUGAAUUUGUCAAUCCAUUCAUCAAGAUUUCCAACCAGAUUGACUCGUUAACAGGAGAAGCUGCGCAAUUGUUUGGCGACGCAUUUGCUGAACAAGCCAAGUUUUUGGCGAUAGUUGCGCAGUCUCAGAAACCGGACAUGACAGAUGCGGCAUUUGCGCAAGCAAUGACACCUACCAAUGAGAAAAUCACCAAGAUCAAUGCCCUCAAGGACGCGAAUAGGAAAUCGCCAUAUUUCAACCACUUGAACUCCUUGAGUGAAAGCGGUGCCGUCUUCUUUUGGAUUGCCUUCCCAACGCCGGUUUCGUAUAUUUCCGAUACCAAAGACUCGGCCAAGUUCUGGCUAGACCGAGUUUUGAAGGACUUUAAAGGCAAGGAUAAGAUCCAUUUAGACUGGGUCAAUCAAGUGACCAAGAUCUUUGACGAGUUGAAGAGUUAUGUCAAGGAGUAUCACACGACAGGUCCAUCUUGGAAUGCCAAGGGUGAACCGUUUGCCGAAGUUGUAAAAAAGAGUGGGAGCCAGUCAAGUCAGGCUUCAGCAUCUGCUGCUGCUGCUGCUGCUGCACCUCCCGCAGCGCCUCCCGCAGCUGGAGCUGGAGGAGCUACAUCUACACCUCCUCCUCCGCCUCCUCCCCCUGCAUCUGUCUUUGAAGUUGACUCUUUGAAACCAAAAGAAGUCUCCUCCGGCGGAGGAAUGAAUGCCGUGUUUGCUCAGUUGAACCAAGGAGCCAACGUCACCUCUGGUUUGAAGAAAGUCCAGAAAUCGGAAAUGACCCACAAGAAUCCCGAAUUGAGAAAGCAACCGCCUGUGGCCCCCAAGAAGCCCAAACUGUUGACCAAAAGCGCCGAACAUCUGUCGACCUCUUCAAAUCCAGCCGCAAAGAAGGAGGCGAAGAAAGAGUUGGUGGACGGCACCAAGUGGAUCAUUCAGAAUUUGACCAAGGCCGACGCAAGUGAGCCAAUCAUCAUUGAAACAGAAAUGCACCAGUCGGUGUUUAUCGGUAACUGCAGCGACAUCACCAUCCAAUUGAAAGGCAAAGCCAACGCCGUUGCCAUAUCCGAAGCUAAGAACAUUGGCGUUGUUGUGGACUCGUUGAUUUCCGGCGUGGAAAUCAUCAAGGCGUUCAAGUACGGAGUACAAGUCACUGGCGUAGUGUCCAUGAUCAGCGUCGACAAGUCGGACGAAGGCCAGAUCUACUUGUCGGCCGAGAGUAUAAAGAAUGACUGCCAAGUGUUUACAAGCAGCAGCACCGCUUUGAACAUCAACACUCCCGAACCUGACGGUGACUUCAAGGAACAACCGGUGCCAGAACAGUUUGUUUCCACAAUCAAGAACGGUAAGUUGGUCAGCGCAAUUGUAGAGCAUGCGGGAUGA